AUAGUACUGCGCACGCAGUGUAGACUGGGGUCUAGUUGCUGACUUCAUCAAAUAAAAAAAGCGUUCGCGGGCUGCGCAUGGCGUUGGAGCCUGGCGCAUUUCGUCAUCGCGAAGGGGCGGGGCUUUGCUCGGGGUCACAACGAGGUCGAUCAGACAUGCGCAGAUUGCAUUUCGUUGCGUGUCUUGUUUUCGUUAGAGAAAACGUAAACAUUGACCCAAAGUCAGAUAACAAAAUGUCUCAAUUCUUGUAUUUUAUUUCUUUUGCACCCAAUUUUCGUAUAAUAUCAAUGAAUACCAUGUUAUAUAAUGGUAGUUUGAAAAAAAAAAAUCGAUAUGGUAAAUGAACCAAUGCUUGUUCAUGGUGGCAAAACUGAUCUUGCUGUAAAAUCAUGAUGAAUCAGCAAAAAAUAGUCCACGACAGUGUUUUGUAGCCGUAAUGUGGGUACCUCUCACUUUGAUUGGAGGAAACUGGGUCUAGAUCUCAGUUUAUACGGAACGGAAAACAUGUUUCAGUUCUUCCUUGCUGAUUUUGCUGAACCGAAUUCAUUAUGAAACGCAAUUUUUUUCUUGUGAUCUAAGAUAACUGGUUUUUCAUGAUACAUCGUCCAUUGUACUCACACAUUGUUGCUUCCCACAGAAACACGUAACACUCAGCAAAACUAAAUCGAGAUCUUGUCGCGUGUCAGUGUGUGAAGUGAUAACGGAUUCUACCCAGAAAAAUCACCUUUUAUGUAGUAGAUCUAAUCUAGACUAGAUCUACACCAUUAAUACUGUCGGUGUCCACAUUCUGUUCCGUGGACGCUAUUUUGUUGUUAUUGUCUCAAAACAUCACUUAUUGUGACACCGUUUUACCGUUUUACACUCAUAGUAGUUUAUUAAUAGCGUGUUCAGUUAUAUAGAUCUAUAAGAAAUACGCUCACAGGCAUGGAUGACCAGGAGAUAUUUUUAUCCCAAGUCAAGUCAGAGGAGCUGACGGCCGCCGCUGCAGCUGCUAGGGCACCAAGCACUAGCCCUCCUCUGACUCCGAAUCAUUCUUCCAUCAGCGAUGACGACCUCGUGUCUCUAUCAGUAAAAGAACUGAAUCGUCUCCUCAAAGGGCUUUCAAGAGAUGAAGUGACAAAGUUGAAACAGCGACGGCGAACCCUUAAAAACAGAGGCUACGCCGCGAACUGCCGAGAGAAGAGAAUCUCCCAAAAAGAGGAGCUUGAAACAGAGAAAGACAAACUGCGUGCUGAGGUUGAUCGGUUACAAAGAGAGAAUAAUGUCGUUAAAAUGGAGUUGAAUGCUUUAAGGAACAAGUGUGAUGCACUGGAACAGUUUGCUCACCGAAAUGACAUUCGUGUACUAACACAGCCUCACGUUGUGUCACCAAUGCAUGGGUCCAUUGUUGUCAAGUCGGAAGCAAUGUUGCCCAGUUCGACUUUGUCGUAGCAGCAGCGAUCAUCUGAGAUGAAAAAACCCACGCGAUUUCUUCCUAUUCAAAGAACUGACACAUUACACAUAAGGCAAAAAAUCAGACAUUGUCAGUCAACAUUACAUAAUAUAUUACAUAAUUGCAAUCAUGAGGCCUUGAACUAUCACUUAAACCAAGUGCAACAACACUUAUUUUGAUACAGGGACUUCCAAUCUUUAUUCUGUUUGCUGCAUCGCCAUAUUCAUAUAUCACUUGUAUCUCCUCGCCACUAUGAUCUGCCAUGCUUAGUGGAACAAGAGGCGGAGGCGUUUCACUUCAUGGAUGACAACGAGUCUUCUUUUCCACCUAACAUUGCAAUAUUACAAAGUACACAGUGUGAGCCAAAAUCACUAUGUCCUUACCACAGUUAUUUGUUUGUCUGGUAAUUGUGUGGAGUCUCUAUGUAUGUUGUUUUAGUUAUUUCUGAAAGAAAAGAAAGUUCUGGGGGAAUUGUCUAGCAUUUGAAAUUUGAGUUGAAAAUUUUAUGAAGAUGUGUCUUGUAGUGUAUGCUUGAUAAUUGUUUAUAGAUCAGUUUCAGUUUAAAAUUCAUGAUUUUAGGGAGUCAGGGUUUUUAGAAAACUACUUUUAAGUCUUGGUUACUCUAACUUGGUUGCUUAAAAUUUGAAUCGACAGUUUGCAGUUUGUAAAUAGGAUAUUUUGCAAUUUUUGUACCUUCUUGUUUUCAAAUGGUUCGGAAGGCUACCAUCCUCCUUUUGUGCCAGAUUAUUUUGUCAUUAAUGUCAUUAUAUUCUUAUUAUGCUUUGAUUCAGAUUAAGGUAGGUCAGAUUCAAAAUGUCCAUGGUGUGUUUGUUUUUAGGGAAGAUUUUCUUUCAGUGAUGAUGUGAUGUGAAGAAAGGACAGUGUUUCAAUUUUUUUGGUUAUUGAUCUGUAAUAGUAAUUCAGUGCUAUAUUUUCUUUUGUUAUGAACAUCUGAAAACUUUUAUAGAGAGACCUUAAAGUUCAACCAAUAUCUGUCGUUAAAGUUUGUAUGCAAAAUCAAGUUCAGACAAAAAAAGGAAGCACUUCUCAAAAAUUUUGUGUGGGACCCAAUAUUGACUCGAAUGAAAUCAGUGAAGUAUGUUCAUGUUUUACAUAAUGUAGAAGUAGAUCAGGUAGUAUGCAUAUUAAGGCUCCUGAGAUGCUUUGCUGCUUCGGAAAAGGGAAGGGAUAAGGGCCUGUUGUGUUGAUUUAAAAUGUGUAUGUAUUGUCAUUACGAUUUCCAUCAUAGACCAUUUGCCCUGAUGACGACAGGUUUGUUUUGUUCUAGAACCAGCUGUAUUGGAUAUGGAUUCAGUGCAAAUGUAGAUGAGGUGCAGGAUUGAUAUGCUCCCUAUUUUUUAAUUUUUUUUUAAGGAAACGUUUUUCCUCUUGUUUCAAAGGAAGUGAUCCCAGUCUUUUCUUGCGUUUUCCUUCUUUUGAAGAAAAGUGGUCAUUGAAGAAAAAUUCCAUAUAUGAAAAUGAUGGGAAUAAAGACUGAAUAGCAGCUGUAAGGUAUUAUUUCAAUAUAUGGCCAAGCUUAAUGCAUUCCAAAAGAGAUCGAAUAGUAUGACUUUUAUUUCUGAUUGACUGAUGCUUUUGGUAUAAUCGGUCUUGAGUUUUUUUGUUAUUAUUGUUGUUAUUUAAUUUAAAGAGGAUUUUGUCCUGAAAUCACUUUGUCUUACAAGACAUGGAUAAUGUUGACCUUGCCACUGAAAAGACAUAAAGUGAAAGUUUUUAUCUUAUAUGUAGUUUCUCUCCUAUGUUUUAAUUGGCAAAGUCCUUUCUGGUUCUGUGUCUGUUUGUCAAAAUAAGGAUAUUUUCUAUUUAGUCGUGGGUGUAUACUUUUCUUUCGUGGUGGGUUUUUGGUUUCUUUUUUUAUAAUCCUGUCCUUAAUUAUUUUCAUAACAUAGUUUUGUGGUAAACAUAAAGUUCAGUUUAGUACCUGUUUGUAUUUUAAGUUGUUAUUGUUGCUCUACCCCACCAAGGGAAAUGAUGGUGCUGAAAAAAAAUCAUUUGUGCUAUUUCUACCUUUUUUCUCCGUCUUCUCCUUUUUGUCAUUCAGUGGCAAGGUACUGGAAUGUGCAAUAUAUGAUUGGAACUGAUUGUUGCUUAAGUGGUAUAUUGUCAUAUGUAUAUUUUCAUAUUAUGUCAUGCAUUACUCUUUGUAUCAUUCACAUAAGUGUUAUAUAUAUAUAUCCUAAGUUUUGUGUCCGUCUAUCUGGGAAAUAUCAAAUUUUGUGUUGUUCAUCUGUGUCUUAUUGUGUAAUACGUUUGUUGUUUUUUUAAAAUAUGUAUUAUAAUGCCGUGUACAGUUAUGACGAAAACAAUAUAUGUUGAUCAUGUUGUAGUGUAUAAAUGAAUGUUAUGUUUUUACCUGACAUGGGUUACUGUUUGGGAGAUGGUUGUUGCUUUGAAUGGAAGCUUUGUAAUUGUUAACGCUGUUUGCAUUGUUUAGAAAGGUUAGGUUGUACGGAUUUAUUCUUUUUCCAUUUUCAAAAAUCUUUUCCUUUUUUUUUUAAACGAGGGAAAUGGGUUGUAGGGUGCUGGAAUACAUCGUCUUUUGAGUUUAAAGAAUCUCAGAAGUAAACUUACGUAAAUUAAACUUAAAACAUUAUGUACGUGUUUAUCUUGAAAAAAAUAGCUGUCCCAUUAGUGGCUUUAAAGAAGGGUUUGUUACAUUUUAUUAUAGUACAGACACUCUCCUUGUGACAAGUGGUAUAUACUACUUUCUUCCUGCUGUUCCAGAGGUUUUAGAUGUUCCCAACUUUUUGCUUGGACUUAUUAUAAUGUAACUUGGACAGUCCUAUUUUAUGUGCUUGGUGCCACCAUACAAUCUUGGUUAAUUGCAUGAGUAGACUGUUUGACAAUACCGGUAUACUGUUGUUUCUCUAAUAAGGGUCGAUACACAAAAUGGAAAGAUAUUUCUUCAGAAGUAUACAAGUGUUUUUAUCGUGUCAUUGUUUAACUGAAUUUCAUUUGUGCCUUAAAGUGAUGAUCUUUUUGCAGGGGAGGGGGUCCAUGUAAAGUAAUCAGAAGCCAGUUUUAUUAAGGAAAAUAAGAUGAGGGAGAAAACAAAAUUUUUUGCUUUUUUUUAGCUGAUUCAAUACUUUUAAAUUGAAGUUAAACUUACAUCUAAUGCCCAACUGAAAAUGUGUUUCUAUCUUACACAGUAUUGAUAAGAAGGUACAUAUUUUUAUCUCCUUGUGUCUGUUGCUAUAGAUGUAAUGCUAUUAUUUUGGUGGCACAUAUGAUUAAAUCCCAAUCUUCUCCUGAAACUGCUGUAAUCUAUGUUCUCGUUAUUGCUGUUGAUGUAAGUGUAACUGAAGGAGCGCAAGUUCUUUUUGGGCAUGGAAAUCUAGUCAAAUCUUUCAGUACAGAUUUGUUACUUCAACAUUGUUUUCUUUUGAAAUGCAAGGAAGUUCAGCUUAAAUUAAUUGUAUAAUUAAUUUGACUCGAAAAAUAAAAUUUUAUGUUUAUUUUUUUUAUAAGAGAGCUUACCAGAAAGACAACAUUAUUUCUUGACGCAGAAACAGGGGGAAUGAAAUGUCUCCAGAUUUAGAGACUUGAGGGUAUAAAGAAACCAUCUGCGAGUGCAGUAUCUUAUUUUGUAAAUACCGCAAGUGACAUUUGUGCAUAUUUGUCAUCUUGAGCUUUGGAGGGGAGGGCACAGCUCUUCAGAUAUCUUUUUAAAACAUCUGUGUAAUCAUCGAGUCUUGGGUGUGUUACAAGUCCACAUGUUGUUUUUCACAAUGGGUUCUUGACCAGUAUGACCAAGGGGUUUCCUGGACUGAUGGCUGACUGAUGUUGAUUUGUUUUGUAUGGAGCAUUGAUUUUUGUCUUUUUAUACAGUCUGGAAAUGGAGUUUUUGCAAGCAAAAAGCACAAGUAUUUACUGUGCUUUUUAAAGUAGUAACUUACAAUUAUAUUCUGAAUUGCGGUUGGCUGUAAGCACGACAGUAAAGAAUUUGUCUUUUGACACAUGUUGUGUGAUCAGUCAAGCUGAUGUUAAAAGUAGCUGGACGUUUACCCCAGAGGCUGUUUUAGAUCUCUAAAUGAUCUUGUUUCCGGGAUAUUUAUUAAUGGUACAUUCUGGUUUUUUUGCGGGUUUUUAAAAUUAUAUUUGUCAGUGAAUCCUUAAAGGAUAAAAUGGAUAGAAAAUGUCUUUUCGAAUUUUUUAAAUUUCAAGUCCACCUUGACUGUUCAACAUUAUCUAGCUGGCUGUCAAUCAAACAUAUUGCUUUGUCUGUGGAAUAGGUCACACAAGUGUAAUAUUUUAUUGCAUCAAUAACAAAAGAAUAACUAAAGGUUGUGACCUUUGCUUACAUAAUAAUCAUUGAUGACUGAACCAAUCCAGCUUAUCAAACUAUGAUUUCAUUUGACUGAUUUUCAGCUAUCAAUUGAGUAAAAGUUUGGCACCGCAGAACUAUUUUCCAAUUAGGAAUUAGUUUUACUUCUAUCUAAGUAAGGCCUGGUGAGGAGCUGCCUUUCAAUUUGUUACUCCAAUCAAACGAUCAACUUUAAAGAUUAGUUCGUAGAACAUUUCAGUUUCUUAAUUGAAGAAGAAUUUUUGUCGUGUUCAUUAUAUCUAUUGAAACCGAAGGCUUGUCUCUGAAAUGUUGACACGGUGUUAUUUUCUGAAAUGUUAAAACGAUUUUAUUUUGUAGUGUUUAAAGUUUCAAGGAGAUUUUGGGCUUUACUUUUUUUAAGUUACUUAAAGUUUGCUAGUACUUUUGUUGGUCUUGGUUUACACAUCAAGGAUUUUUCUGAUGGCUGUGUUCAUAAGAAAUGUUUUCAAACUUUACAAUAUAAAUUCUCUAUAUUAUAUAGAUUUAUCUUUCUCAUGGAGUCUACUGCAGUCCCUGACUGUGGCUUCAGGUUGUCAGUCAGGUGGUGUUGGAAGAAGGGAACUGUUGAAGAAAA